CGUUGAACGAUCGUUUGUCAAACAUUGUUGUUUCUGCCCAGCGCGUAUUCUCUCAAAUUAUUACCGUCUCUAUAUUUAAUUAAUUUCCAGAUUAUUCUGUUUAUUGUUGUAUUACUCGUUAUUAAAUUGUUCAGUUGUUCGCUAAACACAUUUUUAAUUGUUUUUAACAUUCAAACAGUGCUGUGAUUGUUAAAUAGAGUCAAUCAAUCCGUUCGACUAUGCGAGAGGUGCUCUCGAUCAACGUCGGUCAGGCGGGAUGUCAAAUCGGAAAUGCUUGCUGGCAGUUAUUCACCCUGGAACACGGCGUCCAGGCCGAUGGUACCGUUAGUGAGAAGAUUCAGGUCGAUGAAAACAUGGCAGCGUUCUUCCAUAAUACGGGCUCUGGGAAGGUGGUGCCUCGGAACAUCUUCAUAGAUCUGGAGGAAUCGGUCAUAGAUGAAAUGAAGAAUGGUUCGUACAAGUACCUGUACCAUCCGUUGUACAUGAUUACGGGGAAAGAAGACGCUGCCAAUAACUAUGCUAGAGGACAAUAUACUGUGGGGAAGCAAAUUAUCGAACAUGUUUGUAACUCCAUUCAAAAACUAGCAGAACAGUGCGAUGGAUUGCAGGGAGUGUUAGUAUUUCAUUCGUUCGGUGGUGGCACAGGGUCAGGAUUCACUUCGUUACUGAUGCAACGAUUGGCUGCAGAUUAUGGAAAAAAGUGCAAACUGGAGUUUGCCGUUUAUCCAUCGCCGAAAAUUUCAACGGCUGUUGUGGAACCUUACAAUUGUGUAUUGUCGACUAGUACUACAAUGCCGAACUCAGAUUGUUGCUUUAUCAUGGAUAAUGAAGCGAUCUACGAUAUCUGCUCGAAAGGUUUAGAAAUUGAACGGCCAGAUUACACCCAUUUGAAUUCUCUGGUGGCACAGGCCGUUUCUUCGGCAACAGCGUCGCUUCGCUUCAAGGGAACGAUGAAUGUUGAUUUGAACGAAUUCCAGACAAACCUGGUACCAUUUCCUCGUGUUCAUUACCCAUUAGUAUCCUAUGCGCCAUUACUGUCAGCAUGCAAAGCACAACACGAAUUCUCUUCAGUAUCGGAGAUAACUAAUGCUUGUUUUGAGACUAGCAGCAUGAUGGUUAAGUGUGAUCCUCGUCACGGAAAAUACAUGGCGUGCUGCAUGCUGUACCGUGGAGACGUGGUUCCGAAGGACAUCAACACUGCAAUUGCCGCUAUCAAAAGCAAACGACACAUAACGUUCGUAGAUUGGUGUCCAACUGGUUUCAAGAUUGGUAUCAACCAACAAGCUCCUUCGGUUCUUCCGGGUGGUAAUUUGGCCAAACCAAAAAGAGCAGUAUGUAUGCUGUCCAAUACAACCGCUAUAUCUGAUGCUUGGGCUCGCGUAAACCAACAGUUCGAUUUAAUGUAUCAAAAGCGGGCCUUCGUGCACUGGUACGUUGGUGAAGGUAUGGAAGAAGGCGAAUUUACCGAGGCUCGGGAAGAUCUCGCAAUGUUGGAACGAGACUAUGAGGAAGUCGCAGGAGAUAGCGUGGAUUUGGAAGAAGUUGGAUCGGAUAAUGAAUUUUAAAAUGUUUGCAGUUAUUAUCUGUACAACUGAUUGUGUCUUUAUUUUUCACCGUAUCCUAUAAUACUUUAUGUGAUAGUUUCGGCUUAUAGUCAAGUAAAAAAUAGGCACAUGUGUGCCGUGAUAACGACAAUAA